GGAUCCGCUUGGUGAAGGCUCAACCCAAUGUCAUCAACCUGAGUGGUCGCGAUGAGGCUGAUAUGAGCCGACAUUUCUUGAUGUCUGGAUACCCACCCAGCUGGAAAAAGUGGGACUUGAUGAAGGUGUGGUCCCCGCUGUGGGUGGGACUGUCCUACAUCGAUGACAGCUCUUGUUGGGUUAUUGCAAGGAAUGAAGCUGAUGCGAUCAGCAUCCAAAAGAUCUACAAGAUGAUCGAGGGUAUUGCUGAGCUGGUGCGUGAAGUGCGAGCUCUACGUGAGGAGGUGCUGCAGCUCACGUUGCGGGUGAUUGACCUAGAGGGUGGUGAGACUCAAGCACCGGUGAGACCCGGCAGAGCUGCAACUGGCUCUCCUAUCACUGUUACUUGCAAUUUCCCCCAGGGACCAGCUGUUUAUUCCCCAGCCCCUUCUGGUAACUCAGCUGCUGCUGCUCCUUCAAUUGUGUCAUCUGCCAACAGCCCUGCUUACUCAGGUAAAGCUACGGCCGCGGAUUACACUGAAGCGGAGAGGCGAGAGGUGGCCAUUGAGAUUGGCAAAUUUUUUCGCCGGUGCUUGGCUGGUGAGGAGCGAGGCACGAGUGGGAGGGACCGCAUUCGAUUGCAGUCUCGUUGCUACGUUUUGUGUCGGGAUAUUUCAGGGCAGAGCUACAACCCUGAGCGGGACGAAGCGCUGCAUCCUCCAAAUCCUGUGACAGCGCGGCAGUGCACAGUCCUCAUUGAAGGUGAGGCGGGAUUGGCCCCAGAUCCAGCCUAUCCUGUUGGUGUUUUUGAAGUUCCUUCUGAAGCUGGGGGUGAACCUACGACGGUAGCUUGCAUCGCCAUUUCUGAAGUUGAGGGAAGACUGCUAGUUGCGGUGCCGUUUUCCGUUUGGCACCGAGUAUCCAGCAGACGAGUUUUGCCACAACGAGCCCUGGGAAAGCCAGUUGUUCUCGAGGCCCCUUUUUUGGACCGAGCCGACCCGGCUGGCGGUGCUCACUCAGCGAAGCUCUGGGUGGGAAUUCUUGCAGCCGAGUGUGAAGCUCAUCUUGUUUUUGAUCCUACGACUGAGUUUGCAGAUUUUGACUAUCCAUUUGACCCUGCCGGACCAUUUGUUGUCCCAGUCGCUGAUACUUUGAUUGAGGUAGCUGAACAGCAUUUUGCUUUUUGGACAGCUCCUAGUGCUCCGCCUGAAGAGGCAGCACCCAGUGCAAUAGACCAGCGGUUGGCGGUUUUGGAGAAGAGUGUCGGCCAGAUUGCCGAAAGUUUGAAGCAUUUAGCUGCAGAGAAGCAGCGACCACCAGCGCUGCGAGCUGGGCCAGGGCCAUCAGCUGCUCCCCCUGCGACAGCACCUCGCGUCUCAUUCCAAUGCCCUCCUGGAUUGGGAACACAUCGAGGCAGCAUCGAUGCAGAAGUGGUUCAAGCUGCCAGAGAAGCAGGCAUUCCCCAAGCCCACAUCGAGCAGAUGAUCAGUUUAGCGCAGAAAGGAAAGCCCAAGUUGCAAGAUCUUCCGCUGCCGCGAAAAGCAGCUCCUGUGCAGUCUCGCGACCCCUUGUCCGAAAGCGAGGCAGACGAGCCCGAGAUGCCCGAGCUCGACGCCGAAGGACCUCAAGCUGUGGCCAAUGCAGUUCUGACUUCAGCAGUUACCAAGCUCACUCAGAUAGCCGGGCAUUUGGCGCAGCAAAAGAAAGCAGACAAAAGUUUGGAUGCCGUGCUAGACGGUGUUGGGUCGGGAAGCAGCGAGACAUCAGCGGUGGCGGGUUCCCGCCGCUAUGCAGCAGCACUGCGAGCUUUGCGGCGAGCCCUACUUGCACAGCCUCAAGAGAUCUACAAGAUCAUCGAGGGGAACAUGGAGCAGGACUUCAAUCUGCAGGCGCAGGUGCCUGGAAGCGCGGGAGUGCAAGUGACAGCACGCGCCUGGCUAGAGAUGAGGUCGCGCGUGCAAAACUUUCAGACUCCAGUGCGGCUGUUGUGGGGAAUUGCGGGUGCCUUGGACUGCCUGCGGGCCGAAAAGCCUGCCGAAGCCCGGGCUCGAUUGGCCCUGUUGCUUUGCCAAGGGGAUCAACUCAGCAUAGAUCGUGGCAACUGGAUUUUAGCGGGCGAGAUGGCCCUAGAGGAGCCGCCGCCGCUGGCGCAAUUUGCGGCCCACUCCCUGCCGCAGGAGAACGAAGCCCCUUACACGCGCUUGGUGGAUGGAAGGUGGGUCGAUUUGUUCCUCCAGAAGCUCAACGAUUACGACAGCCUGGCGGAGAAGAAGCGGAAGUUGACAUCAAGGCGAACUCCGCCUGGCAACCCGCCGGUCGAGCAAAAGCCGACUGCCAAGGCCGAACCAAAGAAGAAAGGCAAGGGCAAGGGAAAGCAACAAAGCAGCGGCGAUGGUGGUGCAGCCGAAAUGGACGGAGCUGCAACCGCCGACCACAAAUGA